AUGGCCGCGAAGGCGAAUUUCGAGGUGAACCAGGAGACGAGGAGCAAGCUCGCGGCACUGGGCAAGAAAGAAGGUGCCGGCAACGACAGAUGUUGCGACUGCGGCGCCCCUUCACCGCAAUGGGCUUCUCCCAAGUUCUCGACGUUCAUCUGCCUACAAUGCGCGGGCGUGCAUCGCGGGUUGGGCGUGCACGUCUCCUUCGUGCGCUCCAUCUCCAUGGACGCCUUCAAGGAGGUCGAGCUCCUGCGCAUGGACCGCGGCGGCAACAAGGCCUGGCAAGACUUCUACAACAAGAACACCACGUCGUUACCCUUCGACGAGGCCACGAUCAAAGAACGAUACGAGUCCGAGGUCGGCGAGGAGUGGAAAGAACGGUUGACAUGCGUGGUCGAGGACCGCGAGUUUGACAGGGCCGCCUUCCAGAAAGAGAGACAGGCCAUACUGCAAAGACAGGCGAGCCGGUCCGCCACACCCGCUGGCGGCGUUAGAGGCCACGCCGCCGUCUCGAGCAGCGGUUCUGGUACAGGCAGUCGGACAGCGUCUCCCGCGCCGAGGGGCCGCGGUAUCGCCCCAGACCAAAAGGCGCAGAACGAAGCGUAUUUUUCGCGCAUGGGCGAGGCCAAUGCCUCAAGACCAGAAAAUCUCCCGCCCAGCCAGGGUGGGAAGUAUGGUGGGUUCGGCAGCGCGAUGGCCGAGCCCGCGGCGGACAGGCAGGCCGGUGGCGGCGGUGGGAUCGCGGACGACUUUUCGAAAGAUCCCGUCGCCGCCAUCACCAAGGGCUUCGGCUGGUUGGGCGGCAUGGUAAGCAAGCAGGCCAAGCUGGUGAACGACUCGUACAUCCAGCCGACGGCGAAAAAUAUCGCCGCCUCAGACUUCGCCUCGCAGGCCCAAAAGGCCGCCAUGGCCGCCGGGCAGGGCCUUUCAACCGGCGCAAGGGGAGCAGCGCAAUCGUUCAACAAGUUCGUCGAAGGCCAGGACGAGAGAGCGUCUUCUUCUGCCGCGUCGAGGGAAAGGGACGUCGAGCCCGAAAGGAAAGACUUUUGGGAUAGUUUCGGACUGCCAGCAGGCGGUGGUGCCACCAGCAGCAUCGGCACCAACGCGCUGAAGAAGACGGUUUCCCCGGCGGCGAACCCGCCACGGAAGACAAAGGAGGAUGGAUGGGGUGAGGAUUGGUGA